AGAUGCCGACGGCCUUUUCAACACCAAAAUGAGCUAAAUCGUAAAAACCAGUAAAAAAGAGGAAUUGGGAAAUUUCUUGACACACCAUUUUCUCUGAAACCCUAGAGAAUCACUCUCUGUCAUGGAAAAACCCUCAAAUUAGGGUUUGGGUUUUCUUUUCAAUUCUCAACGGCUUUAUCUUCUUAACCAGCAAAGCUAGUACGGAAAGAAUGUCAGUUUCAGGUUUGGAGUUUUUGUACGUUACAGAGGAGUGCAUCAAAGAGUUGAAAAAUGGCAACAGCAGCUUCAAGUUCUCUGAACCACUUCCCACUCUUCGCUUUCUCUAUGAGCUCUGCUCCGUUAUGGUUUGUGGUGAAUUGCCCAUUCAGAAAUGUAAAGUGGCAUUGGAGUCUGUGGAGUUUGUGGAUUAUGCUUCCCAGGAGGAGCUAGGGUCGAGUUUGGCUGAUAUUGUUAGCCAAAUGGCUCAGGAUCUUUUGAUGCCGGGAGAAAAUCGUCAGCGUCUUAUCAAGCUGGUUAGCCAGAGAUUUCUCCCUUUAUUCUUUUGUGUGCCUUAAUCGUGUCUUUUUUUU